AUGAGGCAUUGGAUUGUAACACUAGCUCUAUUUGUCAUCUCUAGUGGCCCUGUAAAGAGCCAGAAUGGAUUGAGAAGAGAAAAAUCGUCCAAGAAACGACAAAAACCUGUCAAGAAACACUGGGCAUUUCAAUCCAGAAUCAUUGGUGGCAAUGAUGCACCUGCGGGUCAAUAUCCAUUCUUUGUGCAGUGGCAUGGAUGCGGAGCUUCGCUGAUACACGAAGAUAUCCUGCUAUCAGCUGCUCACUGCGAUCUUAUUGAGUACAACGACGUCAUUAUUGGUUCACAUCUGCGAUUCGACGACACAGUGCCUGGAGCACAAGGACGAAUGAUCGUGGAACGGAGAAUCCAUCCAAACUUUAACGAUACUUCCAUGGAGAACGAUUAUAUGAUUAUGAAGUUGGACAGUCCAGUUUCCAUAACUCCUGUCACACUGAAUCAACAUGCAUCAAGUCCAGCAGCUCAGGAAAUGCUGACUGUGAUGGGUUUCGGACUCGAAGAAGAAGCGGCAACUGGUGGAAGCGAUACUCUAAUGGAAGUCAAUGUGAAGGCGUAUUCUAUCGAAGAAUGUGAUGCAAGAUAUGGUAGAGAAGUUACGGAAGAAAACAUGUUCUGCGCUGGAACGACAGAAGGUGGAAAGGACAGCUGUCAAGGAGAUUCUGGUGGCCCAAUCAUUGACGAAUUCGGUGUACAAAUCGGUGUGGUUUCAUGGGGAUACGGCUGCGGCCAUGCAGACUACCCCGGCGUUUAUGCUCGUGUCAGUGGUAGCCUUGACUGGAUCAGCGAGCAGAUAUGUGAUCUUUCUGAUACGAAGCCAGGGAGCUGUAGAGGAGAGCCAACACCAGCACCAACGCCGCCACCUGAAGGAUCUCUUCCGGUGCAAAUAUCACUUGUCUUUGACAACUAUCCCGAAGAAGUUAGCCUUGAGUUCAUUCGUAGCUCACAGGUACUACAUAGACAUUAUGAGGGUGCCUUUUCUGGGAUGGAAUCAUUCUCAGAGACACUUCAUCUGCUUCCUGGUGAUUAUGAGAUGAAACUGAUGGACUCAUUUGGGGACGGAAUGUGCUGCAAAUAUGGAAACGGUUCGUAUGAAGUUACAGCAACCUUUUCAGACGGAAACAUGAUUUCACUUGCAGCUGGUAGUGGAAUAUUCAAUGACACACUUUUCAUUGGUCUAUCUGUACCGGAUGAUCCGAAUGAACCAAAAAAUGAGUUCACACCUCCAACAGACGCACCAAGCCCCGAAGUUAACGAGGAAGACCUUAGUACUGGACAAAAUGAUCUCAUUGAAGGAGGCGGCAAUGACAUGGAUAGAGAAUCACCGACCGCUGAUUGCGUGGACAAUCCAUCGGCACCAGUGUGCGCGUUCCUAACGGAGAACCUCGAGAAGUACUCAUAUUUGUGUCAACUCUUCCAGGUUUCAUACGACUGUCCAAGUACCUGCGGUGCCUGUGCAUAUUUCCAGCGUUAA